AUGCACACCCCUUCACUGGCUGAGCUCCUGAAGAGGAUGACUGAAUUGGGAGGGUCCGAUCUCCACCUCGCCGCCGGUACUCAUCCCCAGGUCCGGGUGGACGGACGCCUCCGCCCUCUGACGGAAUUUCCGUCCCUGACGGCCGAGAAUACCCGGAGGCUGGCCUACAGCGUACUGACCCCCCACCAGAAGCAGCACCUGGAAGAACAUCUGGAGCUCGACUUCUCCUUUGGCAUUGGAGGGCUGGCCCGGUUUCGAGGCAACUGCUUCAACCAGCGGGGCGUCCUGGGGGCCGUCUUUCGAGGCAUUCCCUACCAGGUCAGCAGCUUCGACGACCUCAAUCUGCCGGCGGUUCUGAAGACAUUCUGCAGAAAAAACCGGGGCCUGAUCCUGGUGACGGGGGCUACCGGCAGCGGAAAGUCCACCACCCUGGCGGCCAUGAUCGACCGGAUCAACUGCGACCGCCACUCCCAUAUUCUGACCAUUGAAGAUCCUCUCGAGUUCCUGCACGACCACAGGAACUGUCUGGUCAACCAGCGGGAGGUUCACUCCGAUACCCGGUCCUUUGCGGCGGCCUUGCGGGCGGCCUUGCGCCAGGACCCCGACGUGGUGCUCAUUGGCGAGUUGCGCGACCUGGAGACGAUGGAAGCGGCCCUGCGGAUCGCGGAGACCGGGCACCUCACCCUGGCAACCCUGCAUACCCGUUCGGCAGCCUCCACCAUCCAUCGAGUCAUCGAUGUCUUUCCCGCCCACCAGCAGUCCCAGAUCCGCGCCCAGUUGUCCCUGGUGUUGGAGGGCAUCGCCUGCCAGACCCUCCUGCCCCGGGCCAAUGGUGCGGGCCGGGCCUUGGCCAUGGAAGUCAUGGUGCCCAAUUCGGCCAUCCGCAACCUGAUCCGGGAGGACAAGGUGCACCAACUGGAAUCGGUCAUGCAGAUGGGCCGGGGAAAGUAUGGAAUGCAGACCUUCAACCAAUCGUUGGCCGGUCUGUUCCGGGCCGGACAGAUCGGACGCCAGACGGCCCUGGAAUACUCGAGCAACCCGGACGAGCUGCGUCAGAUGCUCGACCGGGGGACCCCGGCUGCACCCGGACCGGGAACCGCCGCGGGGCCGUCGGCCGGCACACCGGCCGGGACCGCCACCCGAACCGCCCGACGGACCCACCCCGGCGCCCCGGGUUAA